UUCAUUAGCACAACUAGAUUCGUUACGGCGCAGCUGGAAGACAAAUUCUGGUGACGAGUAGCUACUGCUUCCUAUUGUAAAAAAUAAAAUAACAGGGCAUACACAAAGGAAAAAAUGAAGAAUAGGUAUACAAUCACGCUAUUGUGCCUCGGUUGGUGUUUUCAUGUUGCGCUUUUGGAAGAACCCAUGACUUUGGAGGACACGGAUGGAUCUGGCAAUGAUCUCGAACAUUCAGGCUCAGAGGACUGGUCAGAAGGAGAGUGGGAGAUGAGCAUCUCUUUACCUUCAACCAACAGUACAGACCAUGAGAACUCCCAGUACCCAACGAUUUCUGUCAGUUUAUCCAUCAGUGGACACGUUACCAAAUCCCCAGGGGUGGUGACCACACCCUCUCAUGCAGAGGCCCUAACACAAGUCCCUCACAAAAUUACCAGCAUUGUGGUGGAUGCGGAGUCAGAAAUCCUGGAAAAGCAGAUGACCCCAAAGCUUCCGAUUGAGGAAGAGGAGACAUGGCAGACCAUAUUGCUAGCUGACGAAAUCGACAUCCGUGACGCUUCUGGAGAGGAUAUGGAGUCUGGUGAUGGUGCAGUUGGGAUGUCCACCUCUUCACCAUUCACAACAGAGGUAGAGAGAAGGCCGGCCUCUGUCAUUGUUGAGGACAACAAAGCCAUCCCACAUGGCAGGGCCAAUGAAGCAGAGAACGAGAUACCUGAUGAUUCUGACUUAACCUUUGACCCGAAGCCAGACUUAACAGAUUCAUCUGUAGAGAACUUGGCAAAGAGCCAGGGUCUUCUGGAGAGGAAAGAAGUUCUUGCAGGUGUUGUUGGAGGAGGUGUGGUAGGACUGGUCCUGGCUGUGGCACUGGUGUCUCUAAUGGUCUACAGGAUGAAGAAGAAGAAGGAUGAGGGGAACUAUGCACUGGAUGCACAGCAGAACUCCUACAGGGGGUACCAGAGAGCUCAAACGCAAGAGGAAAUGCUGACAUAAACCUCCACAUACGAGAUCUGGAACACAUUGAACCAACAUUGAAGCGUGUUGUUUUUUACUGGCCAGGGGUUAGUCUGCAAUCCUUCUGAAGGAAGAAUCCGCCCCUUUCUCACCCCCUACUCGACCCAGCUCCUGGU